CUUACACUGGUGCGUUACGAAUCUGGUGGUGACUUUUCUCUACGUGGGCUCAAUAUACCAUAUGUACAGAGAGUUUGCUACCAGUCAACAUUGAUUUAUUUGUUUCGAUUUCAACACAAAAAGGAUUACUUAAAGUAUAUGAUAACUGAUUGAUUUUCCAAUGCAACUUGCUGAGAAGCGUCAGUUAGAAAAUAUCAAUACAUUGUACACAGCGACUCUUAAGCUGAAACAAAAAAUUCAGGAUUUAGUAAUCAAGCUAGAAACUCAAGGUGAUCGAUGUGACUGGCCAAGUUACCUGAGUACAUUGGCAUUAUGUGCAUCAGAAUUAAGUGAAAUUCGUAAAGUACUCGAAUCAGAACGUUUUUCAAAUGAGCAUACCUUGGUACUUACACCAAUGGUGUUAAAUCCUGAACAAGAUGCAAAUUUAGCUAAAAUUACUGAAGAACGUCUUUCACUGUUCAAUCAUGAUACUGUACCCCAGUAUCUUCGAACUAAAUUAGAUCCAAAAGUAGAAAGUGAAUGUUCCUCUCAAGUUACACGAGCUUCUGGUAUACCAUCUGAACAAUUAAAUAAAUUAAUUAAUUUAACAAAUCGUGCAAUUGAUUGUAGCCUAAAAGAAGUUAAUUUAUUAAAACAAGAUCUUGAAUUGGAUUUCUCUGAUCGUCAAAAUAAAAUUACAUCCAAUCCAGAUGAUUUAACUACUUUUAUAAAUAUAAUUUCUGGUAAAAAAGGUUUAAAUAUUUCUAGCUUAUGAUAAUUUUAUUCACUGAUGCUAACUGUAUUUUUAUUUUAUUUUCCAAUAAAUGUAAAUAUUUUAU